CAAUAUUUCUUUGUCAAGUGUGAAAUGUCAAAUAAAUCAAAAUGCUUGGAGCCGUGAUUGCUUACAAAAUGCUUUAUUUUUAAUAAACGAUGAAAUAAAUACAUCAUAAUGUACAACCUUAAGACGUGUGUGGUGUGUUUUAGCGCUAAUGUUAAAUUAAUAAGUUUAAACAGUUGUAAAUUACGACAAGAAUUUCAAUUAAUUUCUGGCAUCAAGACGCGUCUCGAGGGUGGUAUGCCGGAUUAUUUAUGCUACCAAUGCACAGCUCUUGUGAGAAAAUUCGUAAAGUUUAGGAGUAGAUGCCAACGUGCUCAUUAUGCUUUAAAAGAAAUUUUAAACAGAAAUAAUGAGAUUAACGAAACAAAUCUUUUAAAUUUAGAUCGUAACCUCCUUGAUAUAAUGCCGCCCCUUUCCUUUAUGAACCCAAAUAAGCCACAUUAUGAACAAGUAAAAUUCCAAUGGAAAAAACAGAACCGCAUCGAUUGGUGCAAUACUACCAAAACGGAUAUUCAUGUAGUUCACUGCAGCACACUCACUGUUGAUGACACUUUUAAUGAAGUCACCAACACAGAGGCUUUAGAAUUCACCGAAGAUAAAAUUAAAAGAGAUAUUGACGAUGUAGCACAAGAACAAAUAAAUAUAGAAUACGAAGUGCCCAAAAAUGAGUCACAAAAUUUUGAUAAUAACACUACUGACGAUGUUGACAUGGCUGAUUCAUUCUUGGACAAUGAUCACAUGGGCAGUGACAAUGAGCAAGAUCUUACAAAUUUGUCACUGUUUAAAGUUGAGAGUACCGAAGUGGAUGGUAGUGCGAUGGACGAAGAGUAUGCUACGUUAGUACCGAUAUCUGUCAAAGAGGCUAAGGCUGUAAUAGAGAUAUACAAGAUGUUCACUCAGGGCAAAUAUCAUUGUAAGAUAUGCAACAAAGCCUACAACAAUGAGGAACGCAUGAAUGUACACUUACGUAUGCAUGACAAGCAUGUAAGCGGUAACUUCUAUUGUGGACUCUGUCGAUAUUACUAUAAGACUGAGUUUCUAUUGAAAACUCAUAUGACUGAAAAACAUCUGUACAAAUACAUUUGUAGGAAAUGUCCUGAAGUCAGCUUUGAUAGAACAUCAGCGAAACAACACUACAUAUGGACACAUUUACAAAAUGGUAGCAAAAAAGAUGCAAACUGGUACGAAUCUAGACCGAAGUGGAUAAAGACUAGAGGGGGGAGACGGGUGAAAGGUGUGGUUACUCUCAAACCAGUGAGGAAAAUCAGUAAACUGCCCGAAGACUUCCUCGUUUACUCUCCCAUAGGUCACGAAGAACAGUACACACUCAUACAGGAACGGCAAAAGUCACGGAACUAUCAGGAAGCCAAGUACCAAUGUCAUUUGUGCUAUAGAGGGUUCAGACUACUACGGACUUAUAAUAAGCAUAUGAAUAAACAUGAUCCUGCGCACGCCGGUCCGCUGCAAUGCGACAUCUGUAAGCUGCACUUCAAAGACCAACGGAAGCUGUACAAGCAUAUGAACAUCACGCAUCUCUUCAAGUAUUCCUGCCAGCUCUGCAGUUACGUUUGUUGUAAUAGAGGUCAAGCACACAUGCAUUAUAGAUGGCACAAGAAUGUCACUUACGAAUGUCCUCAUUGCAAGAAAAAGUUCAUGAAAGCGUCAACGCGUCUCACUCACAUAAGAAUAAAACAUCCGUCCAUGUGUUUGUGCACUAUUUGCGGGCACAGUUUUGUAAGCGAUUCUGGACUCUAUUGUCAUAAGCAAAUAGCACAUACUGAAGAGGAGAUAGAGCAGAGCAACAAGAUGGUGGUGGACACGGCGGACCCGCACUACUGCGCCGACUGCGAGAUCCAGUUCAUGUCGUUCGCCGCGUUCAACACGCAUCUCGGCAGCUCGUACAAACAUGCUACCACUAACCUUUCAAUAAAGCCGCAGCGUCGCUCGAAGGCGGAGGACUCCCGCCCGCGCGGCCGGCCGCGGCGCGGGGCUUGUUCCGAGAUCGUCAACAACGGACUCACCACCUCCAGCACUUGUGAAGUUUGCGGCAAGUUCCUGUGCAACGACGUGCAGGCCCGCAAGCACUACGAGGCGGAGCACCCCGACACCGAGUACCUCAAGCGGUACAUGUGCGACGUCUGUGGACACACCACCCGGCAAUACGCGAACCUGAUAGUGCACAUGCGCACGCACACGAACGAGAAGCCGUACGGCUGCCCGCACUGCGACCGACGGUUCAACAUGCCCAGCAACAGGGACCGACAUCUUGUCGUGCAUACAGGCGAGAAGCGCUACCAGUGCCAGCACUGCAACCGUCGGUUCACGCAGAGCUCGGCCGUGAAGCUGCACAUACAGACCGUGCACCUCAAGAUACCCUACGCGCCAUGGAACAAGAAGAACAGGAAGCGGCGCAAGGAAUUAGAAACAGCCGGCAUGUCGACGCCACUGACUCUGGCGCCGCCGCAGCACAAAAUGGCCGCAUACGACGCUCCCGCAGAUUAUCUUAACGCUUACAUUACUUAUAACGAUGAUUAACACUAUAAACUAAUCGAUUACACACUCGAAUCGAUUCAUAAUCGAUUCUUUUACUUAAAAUAACAGAUCUGGUACAAUUCGAUCUGUCAAAUUGUAUCGAUUUAUAAUCGAUUUUUCUUAUCGAGUUGAAGCCAAUAAUCGUCUUUCGAUUAUAACAAAAAUAUGUAAGUAAAUGGAUUUUGAGGGCUUAGUACAACUUGACUUAAUGGAGCCGGCCAAUAAGUACCCUUAGUACGAGUUUGCUUUACGUUGAACGAAAACGAAACGAGAGCGCGUUCAGCCCUCUGAUUGGCCGGCGCGGAAGAACCAACCAAUCAGAACGUCGAACGCGCUUUCGUUUCGGUCUCGUUAAACGUAAAACGAACUCGUACUAAGACGUCUGAUGAAAUAUAAUCUUAAUUUUGCUACUUAAUUACUAAAAGGUUUCACAAAUGUGAAGCCUUUUAACAAUACAUAUAGAUCUUUUAGUAGUCAUAUCGAAUAUUUAUAUGUGUCUUAGUUAAAUGAUUAUUUUGCGGUCAAAUAAUGUAAAUUAACUCAUUUUGUAUUCAGUAUUACGUUUCAUUCGAUUAUAAGUUAGAAAUUACUUAUUUAUAUACUCAAGAAUAAUAUUAAUAGUAGCAAUAAAUCAAAAAAUCUACAAAUCAAUCAACAAUAUGGCAUAUGGCAAUAGGCUCACCACCUAUUACAUGGGACUUACAACAUAAAUUCUGAAAUGUGAGUGUACAUUGGCAUUAUGUGCCAAAAUGUGCACCUCUGCCUACCCCUUCGGGGAUUAGAGGCGUGAUGUUAUAAAAAAAAUAUCUAUCAAUCAAAAAGUUUUAAUUCAAAAAGCAAUCAAUGAGCCACAUUAAAAUAAUUUUAUUUGAAUUAUGUCCGUAAUAUUGUAAAUAAUGAAUGGUAUAAUAAUUAUUACAUAUAUAGCAUUUAUAAGCAUUUUAAUUGCCUUUUAUAAUUAAUAUUGAAUUAUAGUAUGUAUAUUAUUUUAAGUGUGCACUUUUCCAACGAAUUUGGCAAAGAAGCAAACAAUCAAAAAUAUUUUGAUUAGUUGUUAAGACGACUACUGUACAUGGAAUUUAGAUUUUUGGAAUGGGCAAAGUAGUUAGAACUUGUGAUCUUUCAGGACUUACGAAGUACUUUUAGUAAUGAAUGCACAGAAUGCAGUUUCUUGCUCGUUCUUCUCCAUUCGAAGCUACACUUUGAAACGAGCACCUAGCUUCACUGGCAGACUACUAUUUAUUUCUUUAUUUGUUGACAUUUCAAAGUACCUCUAUACGGUUUAAUUGCAAUAUUUUUUUGACUUUGACUUAGAAUUUGCAAGGAACUUUUAGAACUUAUGAAGAUAUGAUUACCUCCUGUUCUAAAAGAUUUAAAACUGACGAAAUGUUUUGGCAUCUAAUAUGUACAGUGUACAACUCUCUUUAUCCAUUUGAGGUAAGAAAAAGACAUUAAUGUCAUACUCUUUAGUCUUAAAUCUAUUAACUUUCGUCAGUUAAUAGAGUUCAUUUUUACCUGGCACAUUGUAGUGUACUUUGACAAAAUUGUAAAAAAGAAAUUAUUUGCCCAUUCUAGAAUACUACGAACUAAUUAACUCGUGACUAUAAACCAAUUGUCUGGACUAGAUUGAAACAUGUAACUAAUUAAUUAUAUUAUAAUGUAUUUUCAUAAAUAAUGAAAUGAAUCUGAAUAUUUUACUCUAUAGAAAUAUAUACUACAUGUGUUUAUUUAUAAAUUAGUGUAGUUUAUUAAAUUAAAGAGGUUAGGACAUGUUAUUUAAGGCCCUGUUUCAAGCACCUCUGUAUGAGUUUUAUUUAGUUUUGACUGACGAGUUAUAUCUAUAUCGUACGGUGUCCCACAGGGUUCGAUAUUGGGACCUAUUCUGUGGAACAUCGGUUACUACUGCGUCUUAUGCAGGGAGGCAGCAAUGUUGGCAACAAAUCUCUUGCCGUAGCUUUGAGGACGCAAUCGUGGUCAAUUGAGCAUGAACAGCUGUUGAAUUCACAAUAAAUCACCUGUACCCUUAGUACGAGUUGCUUUACGUUUGGACGAGAGCGCGUUCGGCACCCUGAUUAGUUGGUAUAUUCGAGCCGGCCAAUCAGAGCACCGAAUGCGCUCUCGUAUCGAUUAUGUACUUUAAGCGUAAAACAAACUUAUAUACUGACAUUUACUGUGAACGUUCGAAGGGCACUGGGGCUCGAAUAAACCAACUAAUCAGAGUGCCCAACGUGCUCUCGUUUCGAUUACUUUAAACGUAAAACAAACUUAUACUAAGGGUACUGACAUUUAUCGUGAACACUUAAAACUAGUAUUGAUUCGGUACUUAACAGGCAACGCCCAAGUUUAUAGAUGCAGCUAAUAUAAUUUGAUAUAUUAUAUGUUAGUUAAGCUAUCAGAAACUUAUCAGAGGUGCUCAGUCAGGCUCUUAAGAGAUGCAUGUGUUAUGCAAAUAAUAUUUAUAAUCAUAAGUGUGAGAUUUGUAGCGUGUUUAUAUUAGAUAUAUAGUGAAUUAUAAUAAGAGAAUGUAAUCGAUCGAUAUAAUAUUAUGCAAUGAUUUGUUUGCCUUGUAACUCUAAUUGAUAAGAAUAUUUUUAAUACAUAACAUUAUUCGUA